AUGGCUAAAACCAAAUCAUCAAAAUCCAAAACCUCUACUUUUUUCCUAUGUUGCUUUCGAUCAAAUGAUUCUUCAACCGUUAAUGAGUCUAAUCAAACUCCAAAGACAAAGAGAAGUAGCUGGUUUUCAUGGAGAUGGAUUCGAAUCAAAACAAAGUCAACCUCCAAAACAGUGCCACUUGAAACCUCAUUCACAAAUGUUAAGACCUAUUCAAAGCCUCGGUCAAAGUCAUCAACUCUUCAUCAUAAAUCUAAAACUCCACCCACCAAUUCUCCACCGUUAGCUCUGCCGUCUACGGUGCUCCGGCCAACCACCCCUUAUCAUUCACCCACACAGACAAGGCAUGGUCCAAAAAACAACGCAAUAACAGAAGACACGCGCGAACAAGGUAGAUCAACUCCAACACGACCAAAACGACAAGAGCGGAGGCUGUCGUUGGCAACGCCGAACCAAACGACAAGAAAGAACCGCCAAAACGCACGGGGUUGGUACGAUCCUAUAGUUGGAAUGUCCGUACUCGUUGUGACAUUAGUUAUAAUGAUAUUUUGGGGUCGUUUUUGUGCCAUUCUUUGUACUUCUGCGUGGUUGUAUUUUAUACCGCGUUUUAGAAAGAGCGGUGUUGUAAAUGUAAACGACGAGGAAGAAGAUAAAACGAAGUUGAAAAACGAUGUGGAUUUGGAUUCUGAGGAGUAUAAGAAAAGAGUGAUCAUGGAGGGACUUCUUGGGAGAAAUAACAGAGGAAAUAACAAUUGA